GUUUCUCAUUAGAGGUUUUAUUGUCCAAUUUUGGAAACCAAAUGGUUUCUUGGAAAAUUUGUUGUCUUUUCCCCCUCAUCUUUCCCUGCUUGCUCUUAGCUCAAGAUCAAUUUGUUUUGGUAACUCUGUAAAUGUCAUUCUUAGACUUGCAAGAUCUUUCACUGUUUGUACUGAGUCAUCUCACUCAGUGUUAAAUAUUUAGGGAUUAAAACAGAGUUCCCCAAGGUGCGAGGCAUUCCCCACAUCAAGGCCUCAGCUCUACUCAUGCCCCUGAGUCUGGCCUCCAACUGUGACCACAGCCUCAGGUUCCUUACUUUUGUCUACAUUUCCUCCCCUUAGCCACAGUUUUGCCCCCAGUCUGGGUAAGGAGCAUGAACCCCGAAGAAUCUGGAGACCACUGGCUUAAAGUAAUGCUGGCCAAAUUCUGGAAGAUUUCCUAAUACAUAUUUCAUUUACUGUAUUCUAUUUUUUCUAGACUCCUGCAAAAAAUGCUGUUCCUGAUUUUUACACUUUAUGCAGAUACUUUUAUUUGCUAGUUGCCAAUUUUAAUUUUUCUUAUUUUUAACAGGAUUCAAAGUGAAGUAAAUUUAGUUCAACUGUUUUAAGUUAUUUAUCUGCAAGAAAAAUGGCUCCACUGAAGGUGCAUGGACCUGUACGGAUGCGCAGCAUGCAAACUGGGAUUACAAAAUGGAAAGAAGGAAGCUUUGAAAUUGUGGAGAAGGAUAACAAAGUGAGUUUAGUCGUUCACUACAAUGUUGGAGGAAUUCCAAAGACAUUUCAGCUAAGCCAUAACAUUAAAACUGUGGUCCUUCGACCAAAUGGUGGAAAAUUAUGUUGCUUGAUGCUAACUCUAAAAGAUGCCAGCUUCCUGACUAUUGAUAAAGUACCCUCUAAGGAUGCAAACGAAAUGAGGAUGUAUCUGGAUGCAGUCCUCCAGGACAGAGUUCAUACGACUGUGAAACCAUCUCAGGGAUCUGGCAGCUUUGGAGGUGUUCUGGGCAGCAGGACAACUCAGAAGGAAGCUAACACCAGGCAGUUUCAGUAUAUAGAAAAUCAGGUUCCUUCAAAACGAGUGACUGUGGAGGGAAAGGAAGACAAUCCAUUUCGAAAGGUGCUGGGCAGCCCAAGUAGAGCAUCUGUUAAGACUUCCCCAGGAAGUGGAACAUCUAGCAACAGGGUUAACAUUUCAGUGUCUCCCACUUCAUCAACUCCUCACAGAACAGGCUUACUGGAAAACCGUGAAAAGAGGAAAAGAACACAGCCCUCCAGUUCAGAGAUGAAUGAAGAUUAUCCCAAAGAGAAUGAUUCUUCAACCAAUAACAAAGCUGUGACUGAUCCAGCAUGGAAGUUUUUAAAUAGUAGCAGAGAGAAACAGCUGAAUCUGAAACAGUCAGAGGAGAUCAGGACAUCAGGGGUUUUGCCUCUACAAUCAUCCUCCUUUUAUGGUAGCAGGUCUACAUCAAAGGACUACUCCACUGGCAAUUCCAACCUGGACAGGUCUAGCAUAUCAAGUCAGACACCCUCAGCCAAAAGAAGCUUGGGGUUUCUCUCUCAGCCUGCCCCACUCUCUGUUAAAAAAAUGAGAUCUAAUCAAGACUACACAGGAUGGAACAAACCUCGAGUGCCGCUUUCCAGCCACCCACAGCAACUGCAAGGGUUUUCAAACUUGGGAAAUACCUGCUACAUGAAUGCCAUUUUGCAGUCCUUGUUUUCAAUUCAGUCAUUCGCUAAUGAUUUGCUUAAGCAGGGUAUCCCUUGGAAAAAAAUUCCACUCAAUGCACUUAUCAGACGCUUUGCCCAUCUGCUUGCUAAAAAGGAUGUUUGCAGCCCUGAAGUAAAGAAAGAGCUGCUCAAGAAAGUGAAAAGUGCCAUUUCAGCUACUGCAGAGAGAUUCUCAGGUUACAUGCAAAAUGAUGCACAUGAAUUUUUGAGCCAGUGUUUAGAUCAGCUGAAGGAGGACAUGGAAAAGUUAAACAAAACUUGGAAGAGUGAGCCAGUGUCUGGUGAAGAUAACUCUCCAGGACGGGCCUCUGAUGACAUCUCAGCCACCAAAAUUUAUACUUGUCCAGUUAUCUCUAACUUAGAGUUUGAGGUUCAACAUUCUAUCAUAUGUAAAAUGUGUGGUGAAACGGUCACUAAACGAGAACAGUUCAAUGAUCUUUCCAUUGAUCUUCCCCGAAGAAAGAAAUUACUUCCAUCUCGGUCCAUCCAGGAUUCCCUUGAUCUCUUUUUCAGGGCAGAGGAGAUUGAGUAUUCUUGUGAGAAGUGUAAUGGAAAGUCUGCAGUUGUUACACACAAAUUCAAUAGGCUUCCCAGGGUUCUGAUUCUUCAUCUGAAACGAUAUAGCUUCAAUGUGGCGCUCUCUCUCAAUCACAAAGUUGGACAGCAGGUGGUUAUACCAAGAUAUUUAACUCUGCUAUCUCACUGUACAGAAAGCACUAGGCCCCCGCUUACUCUGGGAUGGAGUGCACAUUCUGCAGUUUCUCGACCCUUGAAAGCCUCCCAAAUGGUGAAUUCCUGUACUGUAAGCACUUCCACACCUUGUAGAAAAUAUACAUUCAAAUCUAAGAGCUCCGUGGCACUCUAUGUGGAUUCAGAUAGUGAGGAUGAGCCAUUGAAACGUUCUGUUGCUCACAGUCAAAGAUUGUGUGAUGUACAAAGCAGAGAGCAGCAGCAACAGCAAGAAGAGCCUGAAAAGGGUUCAAAAAGAGGUAAACCAGAGUGUGAUAAAUCGUCUGACCUGGGAAAUGCCGGUUUCGAUGGAAUGAGCGAGGAUGAGUUGCUAGCAGCCGUGUUAGAGAUUAGCAAGAGGGAAUCCUCAUUCUCUGUGAGCCAUGAUGAAGAUAAACCCACGAGCAGCCCAGACACUGGUUUUGGAGAGGACGAGAUGCAGGAAUUGCCAGAAAAUCUGCAAUCUACGGAGAUGGAGAAAUCCAAACCAACUACAGAAUCAGGUCCUGCCAAUUUCACUGAGAUAACUAAAGAUUUUGAUGAGAAUAAGGAAAACAAAACGCCGGAAGGCUCGCAGGGGGAGGUUGACUGGCUGCAGCAGUACGAUAUGGAGCGCGAGCGGGAGGAGCAAGAACUUCAGCAGGCACUGGCUCAGAGCCUCCAAGAACAAGAGGCACGAGAACAAAAAGAAGACGAUGACCUUAAACGAGCUACUGAAUUAAGUCUACAAGAAUUUAACAGCUCACUUCUGGACAGUGUUGGCUCUGACGAGGACUCUGGGACUGAGGAUGUUCUCGACAUGGAGUACUCGGAAGCUGAAGCCGAAGAGCUGAAAAGGAAUGCUGAGGUAGGAGAGCUCCCGCAUUCUUAUCGUCUCAUCAGCAUUGUCAGCCAUAUUGGAAGCACAUCCUCGUCAGGCCAUUAUAUUAGUGAUGUCUAUGAUAUCAAGAAACAGUCCUGGUUCACCUACAACGACCUUGAAGUGUCUAGAACUCUAGAGGCUUCCGUGCAGUGUGAUAGAGACCGAAGUGGCUAUAUCUUCUUUUACAUGCACAAGGAAAUCUUCGAUGAGUUACUAGAAACCGAGAAGAACACACAGCCACUUAGUAUGGAAGUGGGGCGGUCUGUUCGUCAGCCUCUGUGAAGAGCAAAUCCCUUGUUUCUUUUGAGCAUGGAACAUUCGGACCUUGUGCCACACAUGCAGGAGUAGCAAACAAGAGACAAAAAAGUAAGGCAUGUGGGAUGUUUAAUUUGCAGAACCACACCUGCAAACCUUGGGCCUGAACCACACUUGUGAACCUUUGGCACCCUCCUGCAGUGAGAUUUGUAUUGUUCCAGACACAUUUUUGUCACCGUGGAACCUUAAAAGAGUUCCAUCAAGCCACGAGAUCACAGCUGAUCACAAACUGAUGAAACAAUAGUGCAAAGAGAGACUAGACUUUAAAAGUCCAUUAACUAUGGUAUGUGAAUGGGGAAGAUUUACAUAUCACAUGGCAUUCUAUUUUUUUUUCCACGAGCAAUUAAAGCAAUACAGCCUGCAACCUGGCAUGUAUCUUGUCAGUAAUAUUCACUGGAACCCUAGAUCACAAGUACACUAUUGCCAGUCUAUCCCGCUAACAGGUAUGUCAACAUCACUCAAGUUGACACAUUUUGACAUUCAUGAUGUUGUAAAUGCCCUGUCAUUUACAUGCAUUUCCAGGAAACAAGCGAUUGGUGCUGGGGAAUGUAUUUCAUAUCUUCUCUGUCAUCCUACACGGUUCGUUGUCUUUGGUUAGUAAUGAGAUUAUAUUUUUUCAUUUAAAAUUUAUUCUUUCUGGCUGCAUUUUCCUCAUAGUGUCCUUGCAUACUGCAGUUGACAUCUUUCUGUCAGUUUAUCGUCUUCUCACUGACUUCACAUCGCUUCCAGCUGCCCUGUUUUGACUCUGACCGAAGCAGCUAGUGGGGUGGAAGGUAGGCUUUGGCCUACUGGCAGAUUCUCUUCAAGGGAAGCGGAGCCAGCACUGAGCAGUAAAAGGAAAUGAACUACAACUCUUUUCGCAUCACACCUUGGUAAAAGAGCAUUCUGGCCUUAACCCUUCAGGGUUCGCAGGCAUCGGUGUUUGUCUCUGUCCUCCUCAAGUGGAAAGUCUGAAAAAUGCAUUUAGCACUUAGAUUGCUAUUAUGUCAUUCCAUAAUGUCACGUUUUUCCUGCACAUCCCAGAACUCACACAGACAGAUGUUUUUAUAUGAUCUGUGGGUUUUUAGGCAUGUUGGCUGCUCAGACGGAAUAAACUGAAUCAGUUGAGAAGCUUUUGAAAACCCAUAUAGAGUGUUAAAAUAAGAUAUUACAGGGCAGAACUGUUACAUUUUAUUGUCCUAAUUGUACUUGGUAACAUGAUGCUCAUUUUAUAGCUGACUCUGGCAAAAAUAUCCAGUGAUUUAAUUUUUAUUAGAACCUUCAAACAAUCUUUUAUUUAAUAUGGGCAAAUAUUUCCUUAAUUGGUAUUUACUUUUAUUGCAAAAAAAUUGUUGCUAAUCAUUGGACCAGUUACUCUUCUUUUGUCCUUCUUUGGAUUUUGCGAUUUGAAUAAUUGGUUACAGAUAGUGCAAAUAUAUUUGUUUUUAAACUACCAUUAGGAGUUCCUCAGGAAUAAACCAUCCAGAGCUUUUACAAACCAUUGCUGUAGGCAAAAUAAUUCCUCCGCGGCCGAUCUUCUGGUCUGUGUACUAGCGAGUCUAAAUGAGUUUUGUUACAACUUGGAAAAUAUUGUAUUGGUUGUGUUGGUCUCAUCGUAAAUAACCUAAGCAUUAAACUUCUGUCACAAACAGGAUAAAGUUUUUACCUCAUAAGGUACAGCACCAGUAGUACAUGACAUGUUAAUUUAUUAUAAAUCAGUAUGAUUUUGUAUUGUUAACAGUGAAUAUGUUAAUGGAAUGUGUGGGGGGGAAUUUAAUGUAGGAGUUUUCUUUUACAGAGUAAGGCACAUACCUGUGAAAAUGUGGCCAAGAUCUCUUCCAUCACUAAAACAAAGCUUCCUUCCUCAUUUUAACCAGCAUCUCCAUUUUCCCUGCAUGCUGAGAGCAGCACACGUGACGCUUUACUUACAAGCAAGUUAGCACUGCUGAUUGCUUGGUUGGGAGCUAAUUAUCAUUUGGAGGCACAGCACUCCAGAUCGGUUUGUUUGUAAUAAAAUCUAAGGUUGCCUAGUUUUA